AUGGAAGAAGAACUACGAGCAACUGCCGCAAGUCUUGGGUUUCAAGUUGCAGCUGAAGAGGUCGACGAAUAUGUGGCUCUACUCGAACGCAUGGAAAAGUCUCUACAGACUGUUUCAGACAUGCCUGAUUAUCAGCCAACACCGGAUCAUGCAAUCUACCCACGAUCUGAUAUCCAUUUCCCAACCGCAGACUCGAAUCCACUGGCAGCGUGGGCGUGGAAAUUCAAUGCAACAAGCACAGCGCCGAAAUCUGAUCUUCUCAAAGGCAAGACAUUGUGUUUAAAGGACAAUAUAGCAGUCGCUGGCGUACCUUGUCUGCUAGGAACAGACACCUUUAAAAACUGGAUUCCGAACACCGAUGCAACGGUGGUAACCCGCAUUCUUGAUGCAGGUGGCAUCAUCACGGGCAAAGCAGUAUGUGAGAAUUUAUCUCGUGGCGCUGUCAGUGUUACUGCUGCGACGGGACCUGUCCAUAAUCCCUAUGCACAUGGAUACUCCGCAGGAGGAAGUAGUUCCGGAACUGCUGCACUUGUGGCCAGUGGUGCGACAGAUAUGGGAAUAGGAUGCGAUCAAGGUGGUAGCAUCCGAAUUCCUGCGAGUUUAUGUGGGCUUUACGGCUUCAAACCUACAGUCGGCUUGGUUCCUUACACUGGCAUAGCAAGUAAUGAUGCUUGUUUAGACUUUGUCGGCCCAAUGACAACAACUUGCCUGGACAAUGCGAUCCUUUUAGAAGCUAUUGCCGGUGUUGAUGGAUUGGAUGACCGGCAAUCAGCUGGUGCGCCAUUUUCUGGACAGGUACCGCAUUACGCACAAAUAUUAGAGGAGACCAAAGAGGACGGGAUCAAAGAAUUCAAAAUUGGCAUAUUAAAAGAAGGGUUGGAUUUGCCCGGCAUCAACCCUGAGGUUGAGAAAAAAUUUCAAGAUGCUAUGGAUGUGUUUCGUCAGCUUGGUGCAACUGUAGAAGAUAUUCAUGUUCCGAUCCACUUGCAGGCACGAACCAUAAUUGUGGUCUUGAGCAAAAUGGGGAAUCACAUGGGAAUGCUAGGCAAAGCCACGGGACGAAGACAAAUGAUGUUGACUGAUUUGUUCGAGAAGAAGAACUUGCCAUACACACCAGAAGCGCUCGAUAAGAUGAGCGUUAUGAUCAAAGAAGCCUUAAUAAGUGGUGAAUAUGCAUGGAAACACUAUUCUACCCUUUAUCCGAAAGUUGUCAACCUCAUGCGCAAACUCCGAGAUGAUUACGAUAAAGCCCUUGAGCAAUACGAUGUACUAGUAAUGCCCACAACCAUCACGGAGUCGAACAAGCUUCCCGCAACGGAUGCAUCCCCCCUUGAACAUAUAAACGCAUCCAAGGGGAAGCUAGAAAAUACGAGCCCAUUCAAUGCAUCGGGCCAUCCGGCUCUUGCAGUACCCAUAGGACUUGUUCCGAGCCGAGAGAAUCCGAGCAUAGAUUUGCCAACGAGCAUGCAAAUUGUGGGUCGGUAUUGGGAUGAGCUGACCAUAUUGAAAAUUGCUUAUGCAUGGGAACGAGAAAUUGGAAAUUGGAAGGAGUUUUGA